AUGGCUGAGACAUGGCAAGCAUACGUUGAUUCUAAUAUGGUUGGCACUGGCAAGGUGACCAAGGGCGCUAUUUUUGGUCUUGCAGGCAGUUUAUGGGCACGUUCACCUACCUUGACUACCUCAUUAGAAGAAGCCCGACAGCUAAUUAAAGCUUUCGAAGAUCCAAAAGAUAUCGCAGCAAAUGGUCUAUAUUUGGAAGGUCGAAAGUAUGUUCUCCUUCGGAGUGAUAAUAGUAGCAUUUAUGCUCGUGUUGCAUCUUCAGGAGUUGUUUGUGUGAAAACUAUUCAAGCGGUCUUGGUCGGAUUUUAUGAUGGUGGCAUGCAACCCGGCGAUUGUACUGUAGUCAUGGAGGUAUUAGCCGACUAUCUUCGUCGAAAUGGAUACGUAGGUGUUUUUACAAAAUAA